AUGAAUUUUUAUUUUGUGAAUCAAUGGCUUCAUGUUACUGGAGGUGAUAUCCCACCUUCGGCAUUUAAUGGUUAUAAUAUUUUCAGCUUAGCUAAUAUUUCCAAAGUUGGAACAAUUGGAGAAUCAGCUUUUAAAUCCCUCAUAAGUGUUCAAGAAGUUUACAUCUAUGACGUAACUACAAUAUUAGAUAAUGCUUUCUAUAAUUGCUACAAUUUAGUAAAAGUUCAACUUCCUGAAACUAUCAGAUUUAUAGGAAAUUCUGCUUUUCAAAAUUGCCAACUGUUAAAUGAAAUACAAACUCCUAAUUCUUUUCAGCAUCUUGGAGAUUACGCAUUCUGUAAUACUUCAGUUACAAAAUUUAAUUAUGGAUCUGCAAUAAAAUAUAUUGGGAACAUGCAUUCGAUCAAUGCAAACUUGGAAAUAUAA